AUGAUCGGAAAGAAUAUUGAAAGGCGAAAUGUACAAUCAAAAUCGGAGAGAAAGUCACGUAGCCCAAAAGUACAAAGUGCAACAUAUUUUAACACACUUGCAACACCCGUACGGGGUAAACAAUUACAAUUUAGUGAGCUUAGACUGAGUCCAAAUACAUCACCGCGAACGUCACCAGGUCUAUUAUCGGGACAUUUUGCUGGUGGUAAAUGGAGUGAACCACCAUCACCAACUGAAUUACCAACACCACCAACGCAAUGGACACAAUUAAUGUUUGCACCAAAGUGUAGUCGUAGUGCAUCGAAACAGAACGAUGUUACAAAACAUCUUAAAAUGUUGCUCAAUGUGCAGGCUUGA